UUUCCCAGAAUUAUUUCAUAUUAUUAUUGUUAUUCAGUGUUUGUUAGAUUGUUUUGCUUUCAUUCCCAAAUAUGUGGUAAAAAAUUUCUAGGGUUUAUCCUGUUUUUAAUUUUAUUUUGGGGGAAUUCCAUCGAUUUAUUUCUUGCGGAUUCAGCUGAUUCAAAAGUGAACACAAUAGAGUAUAAAAGAUUGAUUGAUUGGCGCGGUUAAGCUGAAGAUUAGGUGAGGAGAUAUCCAAAGUUUAAGUGAAGAUAUUUGUGUCACUGUUGGAAUGCCAGCUCCUACUUCGUGAAGGGGAGAUUCGUGUUAUGAUCAUCAUGUUCUUUUGUUGCAUAUCACAGCAUUUUCGACGACCUUAGCCUUGGGAGCAGACAAAGCUGCAGUGAGUACCGUUGAUAGAGAAGUUAUCAUCUUCAAAGAUGCCUUCCCUCCAACUUUUGCAAUUAACAGAGCAUGGACGCAGUUUUCUUGCGUCCAGAAGGAAGUCUUUACUGCUGGCUACUGGUAUUUUAGUAGCAGGUGGAACAGCUGCAUAUAUGCAAUCAAGAUUGAGCCAUAAGCGGACAGAUUCUAUUGGUCAUUGCAAUGGGCCUGGUAGUUUGACAGAGGGUUCUGAAAAUGACGUUUCAAAGCUUACUGCAUAUAAGGGAAAGAAACAAAAGAAGAAUGCAUUGAGAUCUCUUCAGGUUUUAGCAGCGAUUCUUCUGUCACAUAUGGGUAGGAGGGGUGCUCGUGACCUUCUAGCUUUGGUGUCUGUUGUGGUGUUACGUACUGCUGUAAGCAAUAGACUGGCCAAAGUGCAAGGAUUUUUGUUCAGAGCAGCUUUUCUACGCCGUGUACCAUCCUUUUUGAGACUAAUAAUUGAAAAUGUUAUUUUGUGUUUCCUUCUAUCAACUGUGCAUUCUACGUCAAAUUACAUAACAGGGACUUUAAGCUUACGGUUCAGGAAAAUACUGACGAAGCUUAUCCAUACGCAUUAUUUUGAGAAUAUGGCUUACUACAAAAUAUCCCAUGUGGAUGGCCGGGUAACUAAUCCAGAACAAAGGAUUGCUAGUGAUGUUCCGAAGUUCUGCUCCGAAUUAAGUGACCUUGUGCAGGAGGAUCUAAUUGCAGUUACAGAUGGGAUACUGUAUACUUGGCGCCUAUGUUCUUAUGCCAGUCCAAAAUAUAUAUUCUGGAUUUUGGCUUAUGUACUGGGAGCAGGGACCAUGAUUAGAAACUUUUCUCCUGCGUUUGGCAAACUAAUGUCUAACGAACAACAAUUGGAGGGGGAAUAUAGGCAGCUUCAUUCUCGAUUGAGGACCCACUCAGAAAGUAUAGCAUUUUACGGGGGAGAAGCUAGAGAAGAGUUUCAUAUUCAGCAAAAAUUUAAGACACUAGUAAAUCAUAUGGGUGUUGUCAUUCAUGAUCAUUGGUGGUUUGGUAUGAUCCAGGAUUUCUUGCUGAAGUAUCUUGGUGCCACUGUAGCUGUUGUUUUAAUAAUCGAACCCUUUUUUUCUGGCAAUUUGAGGCCUGAUUCUUCAACGCUAGGACGUGCUGAGAUGUUAAGCAAUCUUAGAUAUCAUACUAGUGUUAUCAUUUCGCUUUUUCAGUCGUUGGGUACUCUGUCAAUCAGCUCAAGACGACUCAAUCGUCUCAGUGGUUAUGCAGACCGAAUUCACGAGCUAAUUGCUGUAUCUCGAGAGCUUGGUUUUCGUGAUAGUUCUUCUUCUCAGAGAAAUGGAAGUAGAAAUUUUUUUAGUGAAGCCAAAUACAUCGAAUUUUCAGAUGUGAAGGUUGUUACCCCAUCUAACAAUACGUUAGUGGAAAACUUGACGCUGAAAGUUGAACCAGGAUCGAACCUUCUGAUUACAGGCCCAAAUGGUAGCGGUAAAAGCUCACUUUUCCGAGUUUUAGGAGGACUUUGGCCUCUAGUGUCUGGACAUAUCGCAAAGCCUGGAGUUGGAUCUGAUCUUAAUAAAGAGAUAUUUUAUGUGCCACAGCGACCAUAUACAGCUGUUGGCACUCUUCGGGAUCAGUUGAUUUAUCCUCUUACUGCUGAUCAAGAGGUUGAGCCGCUAACUCGUGGUGGAAUGAUAGAGCUGUUGAAAAAUGUUGACCUUGAGUAUCUACUUGAUCGCUAUCCUCCGGACACAGAGGUCAAUUGGGGUGAGGAACUUUCUUUAGGAGAGCAACAGCGACUAGGAAUGGCAAGAUUGUUCUAUCAUAAGCCCAAGUUUGCGAUUCUUGAUGAAUGCACAAGUGCUGUGACAAUUGAUAUGGAAGAGCGUUUUUGUGCCAAAGUCCGGGCUAUGGGAACUUCAUGCAUCACAAUAUCCCAUCGCCCUGCAUUAGUUGCAUUUCAUGAUGUAGUGUUGUCCUUGGACGGUGAAGGGGGAUGGAGCGUUCACUACAAAAGGGAUGAAACUUUGGCAGAUGAUGAGAAUGCAAUGGAUAUUAGUAACGCUUUAGAGUCUAACCGCCAAAAUGAUGCAAUGACUGUACAACGAGCUUUUGCGACUAAUAAGAAGAGAUCUACAUUUGCUAGAUCAAACUCUGAAUCAUACAUAUCAGAGGUCAUUAGAGCAUCGCGUACUUUAGAUCGAGCUACAACUUUGCCCCAUGUUCCAGAACUUCAAAUAUCUCCAAGGAUGUUGCCAUUGAGAAUUGCUAACAUGUUUAAGAUAUUGGUACCUACUGUUCUUGAUAAACAGGGAGCACAGUUACUUGCAGUUGCAUUCUUGGUUGUCUCAAGAACAUGGGUCUCUGAUCGUAUUGCCUCUUUGAAUGGGACGACUGUAAAAUUUGUAUUGGAGCAGGACAAGGCAGCCUUUAUCCGUUUGAUUGGAGUCAGCGUUCUACAAAGUGGCGCUUCUUCUUUCAUUGCUCCUUCUAUAAGACAUUUGAAAGCUAGGUUGGCUCUUGGAUGGAGGAUCCGCUUGACUCAAUAUUUACUCAAGAAUUACUUAAGGAAAAAUGCUUUCUAUAAGGUUUUCCACAUGUCGAGCAAAAGCUUAGAUGCUGAUCAGAGACUAACUCAUGAUCUAGAAAAGUUAACCUCAGAUUUAUCCGGGCUUGUCACUGGAUUGGUGAAGCCUACUGUGGAUAUUCUAUGGUUCACUUGGAGAAUGAAGCUAUUAACUGGUCGUAGAGGUGUUGCUUUCUUAUAUGCGUAUAUGUUGCUUGGACUUGGAUUUCUGAGGAGCGUUACUCCUGAUUUUGGUGACCUCGCAAGUCAAGAACAACAACUUGAAGGAACUUUUAGGUUUAUGCAUGAGAGGUUGCGCACACAUGCAGAAUCUGUUGCUUUCUUUGGAGGGGGUGCGCGGGAAAAGACGAUGGUAGAAUCAAAAUUUGAGAAACUUCUUAAUCACUCGUUGCUUCUGAUGAAGAAGAAAUGGCGAUAUGGCAUUCUUGAUGACUUUGUCACCAAGCAGCUCCCGCAUAAUGUCACAUGGGGUUUGAGCUUAUUGUAUGCCUUGGAACAUAAGGGAGACCGAUCCUUGACUUCCACACAAGGUGAUCUUGCACAUGCAUUACGCUUCUUGGCAUCAGUUGUCUCUCAAAGCUUUUUAGCUUUUGGUGACAUUCUUGAGCUGCAUAAGAAAUUUGUUGAACUUUCUGGUGGUAUCAAUCGAAUUAUGGAGCUGGAUGAGUUCUUAGAUGCUGCUCACUCUGAACACUUGUCUCAAACUUCACUGGCAUCUGAGGGAAAUAGUGCGCUCUCUGAAGACACCAUCUCAUUUACUGAUGUUGACAUAAUCACCCCGUCCCAGAAAUUGUUGGCAAGGCGGUUGACGUGUGACAUUGUACCUGGAAGAAGUCUUCUUGUUACUGGUCCAAAUGGGAGUGGCAAAAGUUCAGUUUUCAGAGUACUUCGUGGUAUUUGGCCCAUUGUCAGUGGAAGACUCGUAAAACCAAACCAACUAUAUGAAAAGGGAAUCGAAUUUAAUUGUGGUAUAUUUGUUGUUCCACAACGACCAUAUACUUGCCUAGGAACCCUGAGGGAUCAGGUCAUUUAUCCUCUAUCACGUGAGGAAGCAGAGAUAAGAGGAGUGCAGAGGGAUGGAGGUCAUCACAGUUGUACUUCUUCAGAGGUAUUGGAUAUGCAGUUGAAAGUCAUACUAGAAAAUGUUAAGCUGACUUAUCUAUUGGAGAGGGAAGGCGGUUUGGGUGCUGCUUUAAAUUGGGAAGAUGUUCUCUCUCUAGGAGAGCAGCAGAGGUUAGGGAUGGCACGCUUAUUCUUCCACAAGCCUAAAUUUGCUAUCCUUGAUGAGUGCACCAAUGCCACAAGCGUUGAUGUGGAGGAGCACCUGUAUACGCUCGCUACUGAUCUAGGCAUUACAGUAGUUACUUCGUCACAGCGUCCUGCUUUAAUUCCAUUCCAUGCAUUGGAAUUGCGACUGAUAGAUGGAGAGGGUAGCUGGGAGCUUCGCAAAAUUAAGCAAUGACAAUGCUGUAUUUAAGAUCCGCGAGGUAGAUGAUAUGGCGAUGGUUGAUGCAAGCGGUUAUAAUUAUGUAGUGAAAUUAAUUGUUUUAAUUCAGAUUUCAGGGUUUAGCAAAGCAUUAUUUUGGCCCCAGAAAGAGAAAACCAUUCCCUUGAAAAAUAGGGAUAGAAACUGCUCACGGGCAAUCGGAAUCAAUAAUACUGCACAUAUAGAAAUGUAAGUUAUGUAACACAUAGAAUACUUCCUCUGUACAGGCUGUCAAUUAAUCUAAGUCAAAAUGUCAUUAUUGUAUAACUUGGAUUUCUUAAUCAAUUUUGUUUCCCGUC